CGCUUUUUCUCUCUCCUCUUAUUUGAGUCGAUGUUCAUCCAAUGCCUGACCUAAAGCCCCUCUCGAGUCUCUUGGAUUCUGACCAUGAAAUCAAACAAGGAUGAAGCUGAUGGAGAACACCGUGUAGAUGGUAAGGAUCAUGGAGCGUCUCGGGGUGUUGGUUUGGGUCAAAUAAAGGAUAAUCAUAAUAAUAGUAAUGGUGGUGCUGAUGUUGAUGGUAUGGAUGAUGGAAAUGUUAAUGGUGACGUUCAUGCAGUUAUUGAUGACACAGCAGAUGGUGGAUAGAUGCGCAAGAGGUAACCCUGCUGGAGACUGCAUUGUUGUUGAUUGGUUAAAAGGAGAGUGUUGCUUUGACUGCAAUAGCACAAGUGGACAGGUUUUGGUCUGCAGAGAAAAUGGAUGCCCAGUUGCUUUCCACAAGUCGUGCAUGACCUGGACACCCAAAUUUGAUGAAAUGGGUAAAUUCUACUGCCCUUAUUGUUUGUACAAGCAAGAAGUGGCCAAGUUCAAAGAAUUGAGACUAGAGGCUAUGUUGGUAAAGAAGGAUCUAUCUGACUUUAUAUGUUUAAGAAGGGAUGGUGGAAAUGAAGAGGGGCGAUGUGAAACGGUGAGCUUUGAAAGAGCAAGUGUAUCAACAAUGGCAAGGGAAGUGAGUUCUGGUGGUGAUUGUGGAAAUGGGCUAAAUGAUGAUGGUAAAGAGACUAUAUACCAUAAUCAGGAUGCAACACUGAGUUUAUCAACAAUGACACAGAAAGUGAGUCCUGUUGAUUGUGGAAAUGGGCUAAAUGAUGAUUAUAAAGUGACCACUCCUAAUAGUCAAGUGAAAUACAGGGGGUUGAGUUGAUGAGCAAAGAAAAAUCUUAUGAGGGAAACAUCUCUACAACUCGUGGGUCUGACAAAGUUGGGAAUGGAGAAAGGAUGCAGGAGGAUAUAGAAAAUCCCAAUAGUGAAGAUGAUGAAACUGAUGAGGGAGAGCCAGUGCUCCCUAAUGCAGUAGGAACUACCUUCCACAGGCGUCAAAAGCAUGACAAACAAACAGCUAACAAGGAAUCACCCCUCAAAGUUGUUUCACUGGAUAAUUCAUCAUUUCAACCAAGUACCAGUGCAAAUAAUAUGGAUUUGAACCAAGAGGGAAACACUGUAACCACAAAAGCCUCUGCAAAGUGGCGGAAAUCAACCAAGCAACCCUUGAUGCCCACAGUGGAUACUGAAAAGCGUAGGAGACUACACUGGACAGCUGAGGAGGAAGAUAUGCUGAAGGAGUUAAUACAUGAAUAUUCAACUAAAGCAAACAAAAACAUCCCCUGGAGGAAAAUUUUGGAACACGGUCAAUCUGUUUUCCACUCAACUCGUCUCCCAGUUGACCUUAAGGAUAAAUGGAAGAAUAUUGUGGCUAAAGAGAUCUCUAAAAGGUAAAUGGGGUAGUGAUUAAAACUGGAAGAGUAAGGUAAUGUUUUUCUGUUGUUAAUGUCGGUCUGUCAUGCUGGAAUUCUCAUACAAAGUAGGUAGGUCAUAUGUCUUACAAGUAGAUAAGGUGGUUCAAUGUCUCUGUUAUUAAUAUGUUUGUACAGAGUAGGUAGGUGGCUCAUCGUCUGAUAUAUGACCACUUUAGUUUGGUGUUCUGCAAUAUACUUCGAUGUUUUUGAAGUGUUCUACAAACUAGAUAA